GCAGUACACACCUCUGAAAGUCGUGUGGCAACCACUUGCCGACAAAACCCGCGCGCGGAUCUGAUUCAUCUCGACCGUCUGACCGUCUGACCGUCUGACCGUCUGACCGAUCGUUGAUCGUUUCGAUAAGACCGACCGAGCAGAUUCGAGUACGCCUUGUAUCGUUGAGGCGCAUCCUUUUUUCACACACGUACACACACGUACACACACGCACAGCACACAUACAGACGGGACACCCGGUGCUUGUUGUAGCCGGCAUCGUUGUGAGCUGCCGUCUCCUUUGAGACGCCUCUUGGCUGCCUGGGUGUGGUGUGAUUUGCUCAGCUACAAAGACGCUCGUUUGCACCCCCAAACCUUGCAAUGGCUGCUGCGACACGGCGGCCCCUUGUGCUGACCCAAGCCGAAUGGGACCGAAUCCGUGCCGAUAGUCGGCCAGUUGCGCCUUCAAAGACGCGCCAAGAGCAACGGCAGGCGCUGCAUGAAAAGUCAAAGGCCAUGGUCUCGGGCUGGAGCAACACCAUCGCAGGCCAGCGCCAGGCCAAAUUGGAGGCCCGGGCUCGCCGCGAAGCCGAAGCCGAGGCCCGCCGCUUGGAAAUCGAUCUCGAAGAGGAACGCAUUCGGGAAGAAGAGCGCCUCCAAGCCCUCGAGCGCGCCCGCCAUUUGCAAGAGGAACAAACGGAUAAAAUGCGCCUCUUUCGCAGUGGCAUUCUGACGGCUGAAAUCAUCAAGGAGCGCGAACGGCAGCAGGGCCGCCAACAGCGUAAGCAGGCACUUAUUAAGGAACACGAAAUGUCUCUUCACCAAGCCCAAGUCGAGGCUGCCCACCAAGCCGAGCUCGAGGAGGAGGAACGCCAGCGCCUUGCCCGUGAAGCCGCGCUAACUCUGGCUGCCGAGCAGCUCAAGCAAGCUCACACCAAGGAAACCAUGCGAAGCUCUAAUCGUCGCCAUGACCUUGAGGAGGCUCAAGAGAUUGAAAGUGAUCUGACAGCGUACCGAACCGAAGAGGAACAACGGCGGCGAAAGCGCAUCGAAGCUCAGAAAGUGGCCAAACAAGAGUUGGAUCGCCAGAUGGCGGAGCGCCGCAGCAUUGAGGAAGCUCGCCGCCGUGAGGAUGCCGAAACAGAGGAGCGGUGCCGUGCCGCUGCCGAGGAACGGGCGGCACAAGCCGCUGACUGGCACCACCGUCAAAUGCAGAAUAUCAAGGCCAAGACCCAACGACAAACCGUUGCCAGCAACAUCCUCAGCUCCACCGUUGUGCGCCGCGAAAUGGAAGAUGAGGCGCGCCGCCAAGCGGCCAUCGAACAGGCUGAUCGUAAGGCCGCAGAGCAAGCCCAGAAAAAGGAAGCCAAGCGCCGCGAAAUGCUUGAUAGCAUCUUCCAGCAUCGGCAAACUGAAGUGGAGCGCCGCGCUGAAGAGCGUCGCCGCCAGCUGCAACAGGACCGCGAGAUGGCUUUGCAAAUGCGCGAUGAAGCACUGAGUGCGGAAGAGCAAGCUCGUCAGAAAGCUGCACAGCAACGCGAGGAGCAACGGAGGUUACAGGAAGAACAGCAAGUGAUGGUCAAGCUUCAGCACGAGCAGCGCCGUCGGGAGCGAGAGUCGGACAUCCAGUUUGGACAGAACCACCUGCAACGACUGCAGGCCGAGGACGACGCCUUUUUGGAGCGAGCCCAGGCUGAGCUUGCGCAAUUGCAAAAUGCUUUCCCCAAUGCAGUGCCUAUGCAGCGCGCUAUCGCCCAGGCCACCAAGGAGCGGGUGAAGCCCCAAGUGCCCGAUGAAGAGGAGCAGUGGCAACGAGCACCGGGCAACCCCUACCCCGGCCGCACGUCCCGCCGCCUUGGUUUUGGCUACGGCUGA